AUGGUACAACUUCAAUGGGGCGUUGAAGUUAAAGUUAAAAAAACAAAGCUUUCGCGACCAACAGUUUCUGUUAAGUUGCAUGAGAGCGAAAUCAAUGAUGAUUUAGCUGAAAUUGGAAAGGUGAUUUGGUUUGAUUUGAUAUAUGGAAUAUUUGACAUAUCGAAUAAUUGA